GUCCGCAAGGUGGUCGUCGCGACAAACAUUGCUGAAACGAGUUUGACUGUCGACGGCAUCAUGUAUGUCGUCGACUCUGGAUACUCGAAGCUGAAGGUCUACAACCCCCGGAUGGGUAUGGACACGCUUCAGAUCACCCCAAUCUCCCAAGCAAACGCCAACCAACGAUCUGGAAGAGCCGGACGAACAGGACCAGGAAAGGCCUAUCGUCUUUUCACAGAAAUGGGGUAUAAAAACGAACUCUACCUGCAAACGAUUCCCGAGAUUCAACGAACCAGUCUUUCCAACACAGUACUUCUCCUGAAAUCGCUCGACGUGAAAGACCUCUUGGAUUUCGACUUCAUGGACCCCCCACCGCAAGAAACAAUUACAACCUCCCUAUUUGAACUCUGGUCUCUAGGAGCCCUCGAUAACCUCGGAGACCUAACGCCACUAGGCCGCAAAAUGACCCCCUUCCCCAUGGACCCGCCCCUCGCCAAACUCCUCAUCACCGCAUCUUCAGAAUACGAAUGCAGCGAGGAAAUGCUAACAAUAGUCUCCAUGCUCUCCGUCCCAAGCGUCUUCUACCGCCCCAAAGAACGCCAGGAAGAAUCCGACGCUGCGCGCGAGAAAUUCUUCGUCCCUGAAUCUGACCACCUAACCCUCCUCCACGUUUACACACAAUGGAAGUCCAACGGCUACUCAGACUCAUGGUGCAACAAACACUUCCUGCAUUCCAAGGCUUUGCGACGCGCAAAGGAAGUCCGCGAGCAGUUGCAUGAUAUCAUGGUUGCGCAGAAGAUGCCGCUGCUCAGCUGUGGGACGGAUUGGGAUGUUGCUCGGAAGUGUAUUUGCUCGGGUUUCUAUCACCAGGCUGCGAGGGUGAAGGGUAUUGGGGAGUUUAUUAAUCUGCGGACGAGUGUGACUAUGCAGCUUCAUCCGACUAGUGCGCUGUACGGUUUGGGAUAUGUACCUGAGUAUGUGGUCUACCACGAGUUGAUUCUCACGGCCAAAGAGUACAUGUCUACCGUCACUGCCGUGGAUCCACACUGGCUCGCCGAACUCGGCGGCGUCUUCUACUCCGUCAAAGAAAAAGGCUACUCGCAACGCGAACGCCGCGUCACAGAACUAGAAUUCAACCGCCGCAUGGAAAUCGAGUCUCAAAUCGCCGCAGACCGCGAACGCGCCGCCGCUGACAAAAAGCGCGAACAGGAGCGCAACGACCCCUCAAGACGAAAGCAUGAGGUUGAAGUUGGUUCGUCGGUGGUAAGACGGCCUGGUGUCGGUGCUAGGAGGAUUGGAGGGGUUACUGCGUCGUCGUCUUCGUCGUCUGGUGCUGGUGCUGGUGCUGGUGCUGGUCGUGGAGGUGGUGGGAGUGUUGUGAGGAGGCCGCAGGUGAAGAGGAGGGGAGGAGGAAGGGCCUUUUAGAGGUUAUUCUGUUGGAAUUAUAGUGCAUAUGUGUACAUAUACCCUGUUUGGCGUUUGGAUACAAGGGCUCUCUAUGGAUAUUUGGAAGAUUAUAUAACUGCAUGGCAUUUAGACCGGAAUUCAUUACAACGCUUUUGAUCCUCGAAUUGACAUCUGACAGUGAUAUAACGCUCGCAUGAUAUAAAUCAAUCAAUGCGCAAAGGAAACGAAGAAGCCCGCAGGACGCUCAUCAGAUAGAACAGCAAGAAACCAUGCAAGAGGUUUGAAUCAACCAAACCCAAGCAUAACCGUGCGACGAAUUGACCCUAUUCCCUCCAUUCUGAUAUCUCGUCCAACCGCUUAGUUGAUAAAGUUCACGCAGAAGAAAUGCAAGAUCACACUUCCGAAGACAUAGUCCGCGAACGCCCU